AUGUAUCGCCUUAGGGUGCUAACUUAUGCUGAGUUUAGUGUUGAUCUGAGCAACAUGAAGUUUUACUCAUACUUGAUGUGUAGAGAAGAAAGGUCCGAAACUGCUAUGGAGAAUCACUCAAAUCAUCUAGUUAAGGAUACAGUUAGAACAAGGAGCAACAGAAGUGUUGAACCUCUUCUUGAAGGACUUGAGACUAGUAGGAGGCCAAGAAGAAGCAGAUUAUCUAGAGAACCUUCUCUUGAGAGAAUUUCACAGGCCGUACAAUCUGAUCAGGAAAGCAUGGACAACAAUGGUGCUAGGCGUACUUUGGCAGAUUAUGCAACAGUGGUUGGCCCUCAUUAUUUUAACAGCAUUGCAAAGCCGAGGGUCAAUGCCGCAAGUAUGGAGAUGAAGCUUGCGCUGAUCCAUCUAGUGAAGAGCAAUCAGUUCAAUGGGAUGUCUAAUGAAAGUCCAUAUGAGAAUCUGACCACUUUAAUGAGAUCUACCAAACUCAUGUUGGAUGCCUCAGCUAGAGGCAAUAUCAGGUGCAAGACUCCAGAUGAAGCCUAUGAAUUAAUUGAAAACAUGGCUAUCGAUGACAAGAGAGUGUUACAGUUACAAUCUUAUGAUGCCUUGCUUGCUCAAAAUAAGAUUAUCACUCAACAGUUAGAGGUGUUGACAAAGAAACUUUCUCAACCACCAAAGGAGUGCCGGAAUGUCUCACAAAAGACACUUCCUCCCAAAUUUAAAGAUCCGGGGAGUUUCACUAUCCCUUGCACCAUUAAGAAUUAUGAUAUAAGGAAGGCUCUAGUUGACUUAGCAGCAAGUAUCAAUCUAAUGCCCCUAUCUAUGCUCAAGAAGAUUGAUGGUCUGGAGGUCAAACCGACAAAAACAAUCUUACAAAUGGUAGACAGGUCCAUCAAACACCCUUAUGGUGUGGUAGAAGAUGUGGUGGUGAAAAUUGAUAAGCUUUAA